AAUCCCCGUCUCGUCGAUGUUGCCCUCACUACCACGCCAUGGCUCCCCUCACCUGGAGCCUUGGCGCCGCACGACCUUGUGGGCAUCCCGACGGCAUCGGGUCCGGCAAUGGUGGCCUCAACGUCGUAGCCGAGAAGAUCGGCGGGAAGGUGCUCAAGGCCACCAACAUCCUCGCCGAGGCCUUCGCUGUCGCCAAGGACCUCCACGUCGAUGCCAAGCAACACACGGUACGGCCGCGCUCGCCGCAUAUAUCUCUGGGGUUCCCUUCAGUUUUAGGCACUGGGGGUUGGGCGGUCGCCUCGCGGCAAGAUGGGCGGCGGGAGGAAGCAGCGCCGGUGCGAAGGCUUGGAGGUGCCGCCAGUGAUGCAUCUGCGCAACCGCUACGCCGCCGUGUCGCUGGUGUCGCCCUACCCCUCCCCCCCCCCCCCCCCCCCCCCCCCCCCCCCCCCCCACUCGUCACCGAGUCCGGCGGAGGCCGCCCAUCCGUCGACUUCCCCGACUUCGCAGCCACACAGGGCUCAUGUGCGUCCGCAUCCUCCACAACCACGGGCUCAAUUGUUAUCCAUCUUCCAUUGCUCUUUGUUCCUGUUGGAUGGUGGCGCCCUAGGAGCGGAUGACUGAAUUUUGUCCUACUGUCAUGUGUGAGGGUGAUAUCAAAGGAUGAACAAAUAAUUGGAUCUACAGUAAGAUCGCUCAAUAGAUGGUUUCAUGUGCUUGUACUAAUUUCGAAUUAUUUCAUUGUUACCACUUUUUCCUAUGGGGUGAAUUAUAUCACACAUGGUUAUUCAAGUAGUAGUUCAACGAGGUCAUUAUAAAUACAUUCUGAUCAGGUAGAGGCGCGCAUCAUGUGUUUCAGUUUCUGAUAGAAUAUGUCUAUUUCGCUCUUUAGACAAUUGUGUGCACGUUGCACCCUUAUGGCAGCGGAUGGAAAUGCACAGCAAAUGCAAUAUGACUCGACGCUUUAAUAUAUAGGAACAUGUAUAAGUUGUGAGUGGA